GCCUUUCUUAAAGGAAUUUAAUGUGCAAAGACUAACAAGAGUAAGGAAUCUGGGGGAGAUUUUCCCUUGGUAGGAAGAAAGCUUUCAUCUCUUCUUCACUGAGAGUCCUUCCUCUGCAUUAAACCAGGUCAGUAAUACUUUUUGGUAAUGCUCUUUCUGUUUUUUGUGUAAAACACUUCAUAUAUUUCCAUUGUGUUCUUGUUUCACAGGCUUCUUUAGUGAAAAAGACACCAUUACCUUCACUGCUGCCCACUAUUUUAUGACAAGUAAGGAGAGGAUGCUGGAAGAUCUCUACAUGUGAGAGACGGUCUUUUGUUGUACCUAUGCUUGCACUUCAUUUCAUUUUUCUCCACAUUUGGACAGAUUGGGAAUAAAUUUGAUUAAAUUUCCAUCAAGAGGCUUUUUUUCAGGAAUACAUAGCAAAAGAAUUUCAAUGAGCAUGCAAUAAAAACGGUCUGCAUCUUCUGUGAAACUCUGAUUUAAAUGGUCCUAACAGCAAAAAGAAAAGAAAAAAGCUAUUAAAGUCCCCCCCCUCCAAGGGGAGUCAACCGCCUUUCAGUGCGUCCUGAGCUGGUGUGGGCUCUCCAUCGCUGCUCAGAUAUUCAUGAAUCGCUGCGUCUUCCAGCAUCGCCUUCUCUCUCCCUCUGCCUUUCUGGCGCGGAUCUCCCUCUCUCCCUCCCUCUGGAUUCUGCUCUUUCUUACUCCUUCUCUCAGCUGCUUAACUACAGCUCCCACUGGAACUUGCACAAUCAAAAAACAGCUCUCUUGUCUCUCGAGCAGCCUCCAGAAGCGCAUCACCUGAGCAGAGCUCGGCGGCGCACCCUCCGCAGCGCGGCCAGGUAGCUGGGGGCGCGCAGGGGGUGCCCUUCUCCCCGUCGCUCGGCAGCAUCUCCCCGGAAUCCGCUGCAUCCCAGGGUCCUAUGGCGGUGAUGCCUGUGUUUGGGAGCAGUGAUGGAAGGAGAAAAGUCACUGCCGGGGACAUCUGAAAGUGAGGAGAGGUUGCUGCAGUGGCCGGUGCUGCAGAAUCUGUGAGUGAAGACCUGAGCCCCGCCAGAGUCUUCGUCCUGCUCCGUCUUCGUGAACCGUCUCCAAGAGGGACCCCGGGAACCAGAUGCGCUAAGCCGGCGGUGGCCAGCCUGGAUUUCUAACCGUGAACUCCCUACCGUGGAAUAAUGGUAAACAAAGACAUGAAUGGAUUCCCGGUCAAGAAAUGCUCAGCCUUCCAAUUUUUUAAGAAGCGGGUACGAAGAUGGAUCAAGAACCCGAUGGUCAGUGUGGACAAGCAUCAGAGUCCCAGUCUGAAGUACACGGGCCCCUCGGUGGUACACAUGCCACCAGGGGAGUCAGACUUCGAGCCUUCCUUGUGUCAGACGUGCCUGGGAGACCACGCUUUCCCGAGAGGGGGCCUCCCUCAGGAGAAGGAGUCCUGCUCCUGGGAAACUCAAUCUGGGUGUGAAGUGAAAGAGCCAUGUAAUCCUGCCAACAUCUUAACCACGCCUGAUCCGAGAACCUUCUGGACUAACGAUGAUUCAGCUUUCAUGAAACAGAGGAGGAUGGGCCUGAACGACUUUAUUCAGAAGAUUGCCAAUAACUCCUAUGCGUGCAAACACCCUGAAGUUCAGUCCAUUUUGAAAAUCUCCCAACCUCAGGAGCCUGAGCUUAUGAAUGCCAACCCUUCUCCUCCACCAAGUCCUUCUCAGCAAAUCAACCUUGGCCCAUCAUCCAAUCCUCAUGCUAAGCCAUCUGACUUUCACUUCCUGAAAGUGAUUGGGAAGGGCAGUUUUGGAAAGGUUCUUCUCGCCAGACACAAAGCAGAAGAAGCAUUCUACGCAGUCAAAGUUUUACAGAAGAAAGCGAUCCUGAAAAAGAAGGAGGAAAAGCAUAUCAUGUCGGAGCGGAAUGUUCUCCUGAAGAAUGUGAAACACCCCUUCCUGGUGGGCCUUCACUUCUCUUUCCAGACUGCUGACAAGCUGUACUUUGUCCUGGACUACAUCAACGGGGGAGAGCUGUUCUACCAUCUCCAGAGGGAGCGUUGCUUCCUGGAACCGCGGGCUCGUUUCUAUGCUGCUGAAAUAGCCAGUGCCUUGGGUUACCUGCACUCCCUGAACAUCGUUUAUAGAGACUUAAAACCAGAGAAUAUUUUGCUAGAUUCACAGGGACACAUUGUCCUUACUGACUUUGGGCUCUGCAAGGAGAACAUUGAACCCAACGGCACGACAUCCACCUUCUGUGGCACGCCCGAGUAUCUCGCACCUGAGGUGCUUCAUAAGCAGCCUUAUGACAGGACGGUGGACUGGUGGUGCCUGGGCGCUGUCUUGUACGAGAUGCUGUACGGCCUGCCUCCUUUUUACAGCCGAAACACCGCAGAGAUGUACGACAACAUUCUGAACAAGCCCCUCCAGUUGAAGCCAAAUAUUACAAAUUCUGCAAGACACCUCCUGGAGGGCCUCCUGCAGAAGGACAGGACAAAGAGGCUGGGUGCCAAGGAUGACUUCAUGGAGAUUAAGAGCCAUGUCUUCUUCUCCCUCAUUAACUGGGAUGAUCUCAUUAAUAAGAAGAUUACUCCCCCUUUUAACCCAAAUGUGAGCGGCCCCAGCGACCUGCGGCACUUCGAUCCCGAAUUUACCGAAGAGCCAGUCCCCAACUCCAUCGGCAGGUCCCCGGACAGCAUCCUCCUCACGGCCAGUGUCAAGGAAGCCGCCGAGGCCUUCCUCGGCUUCUCCUAUGCCCCUCCCAUGGACUCUUUCCUCUGAACAGUCUUAGGCGUGGUUUCGAAAGAUUUUCUGUAUGUUCUUAAAUGUUUUAGUUAGCCUUUUGGUGGAACUGCCAGCCGGCAGGACAUCUUAAAAGAGAAUUUGCACAUCUCUGGGAGCUUGCACAUCUUGGCAAUCUUAUUGCACACUGUUUGCUGGAAGCUUUUUGAAGAGCACAUCCUCCUCUCAGUGAGCUCACGAGGUUUUCAUUUUUAUUCUUCCUUCCAACGUGGUGCUAUCUCUGAAACGCGCAUCAGAGGGCCGCCUUAGACAGACGCAGGAGUCCCGUUCGAAGGAGGAGCUGUUCUAGGCAGGCUCGUCUGAAGGUGUGUCUGCGCCGUGAGAACGAAUCUUCUGAAAUGUGCCUUUUCCGAUGAGGUCGUGUUCGCUCCAAAGCUUUUUCUCUCACAGAGCGUUUUGUUCCUUUGUUUUCCCUUGUGGACUUACUGUGUGAACAGCGGUGUGAGUGUGGUGUGCUUGAUCACAGACAGAUUCAGUGAUAAGCAUCAAUGUGACACUUGCAGGACACUACAAUGUGGGACAUUGUUUGUUUCUUCCAUAUUUGGAAGAUAAAUUUAUGUGUAGACUGUUGUUUUUUUUGUAAGAUAGAGUUAAUAACUAAAAUUUAUUGAAAUGGUCUUGCAACGACUUGUAUCCAGAUGCUUAAAGAAAGCAUUGCUGCUACAAAUAUUUCUAUUUUUAGAAAGGGUUUUUAUGGACCAAUGCCCCCGUUGUCGGUCAGAGCCUGGUGUUUUCAUUGUUUCAAAUGUCACCUGUAAAAUGGGCAUUAUUUAUGUUGUUUUUUUUUUUUGCAUUCCUGAUAAUUGUAUGUAUUGUAUAAAGAAAGUCUGUACAUUGGGUUAUAACACUAGUAUAUUUAAACUUACAGGCUUAUUUGUAAUGUAAACCAUCAUUUGAAUGUACUGUAAUUAACCUGGUUAUAAUAUGGACAGUUCCUCCCUCCUCCCCACCACACAACUUUUUUUGUGUGUGAUAAACCAAUUUAGGUUUGCAAUAAAACCUUGAAAAAUAUUU